UCAUCUAUGCAACUUCUAAAAUGCCUGUCAAAGAAGUUAUUUUCUGCAUAUUCGGGUGUCUGCAGAAAUAGUUGUUGAUAUAUCUUUUACCUUUCUUGGGCCAAGGUAGGGCAAAUGAACAAAAAGUUCAUCUCCAAUAUCGUUUGUAUUAUAGAGAGUAUAUAUUCUUUCAUUUGGGGGAGUUUCGAUCCAUCGUCCUGUUUCAAUUGGUAGAUAAUUGUUUGAAGUUUUGAAAUUAAGUAACGCCCUCCGAUCAUUUUUAUGUAAUGAAUUCAGGUAGCUCCUCUUGAAGAUUUUCUGUGUGUGAUUUCCAGGUCUGUAGAUUGAUUUCUUUAAGUCUGUUUACAACAGGUGCUUUCAGACUAUGUUUUAGGACCUGACAUUGUAGUCCAAAUAUAACUCAUUCCAAUUUUGUCCUCAAAACAGGUGCAACCAAGCAAUCGUAACUGACAAUCACAAGACAAAUUAAGUAAUCCACAUUUGUUUAAAACAAAAUGCAUAGUCUUGGCGGCCUUCUCAGCUAAAUUCUUUUUAAUCAAGGUGGAUGGAUAAAUUUUUGCAUUGUGAUUCCUAGGUAUAUAUACUGAAAGGCAAACGAAACGUCGUAGUAUUGGAAAUGACAUUUAAGCAUCAAAGGAGUAUUUGAACCUUUUUUAAAAAAAUAUACACCGGAAGUUUGUGGAAAACAUGGAUCGUGGUCAUUCGUGCAUUCAGGAAUAUAUUGCCGUCUGGAAUGGCAAUCUUUCACUUGUUGAUCGUGAUGACUUUGUACAUGGCGUGGACUUAGUACCUACACGUGACGUCAUAGAUAAUACCGUCAACUUGUACGGUGAACUACUGAUAGACUUUCUGGUAGGCAUAAAUUUCUGUAUGCUGAACGGUCGAUAUGAGACUGGGAACAACUUUACUUAUAUCAGUCCACAGGGACGUUCAGUUGUGGAUUAUGUGUUGGUGCCCCACGAGCAAAUCCCCUUAAUCUCAGACUUUCAAGUGUUACCAAUAUCGUCGAUAAUUGAUCAGUACAAUGCUGAUGUUCCGUGCUCUCUCCCGGACCACUCCAUACUGCAGUAUACUCUUGACCUGUCAGGAUUUGUGACGCCACACGAUGAUGUCGCCCCAUUGAGCAGUGAUGUCACAAGCAGUACAAAAUGGUACAGUUGUAAGCAUAUCCCUAAAGGCUUCCUAAACAAUGACUCCUCUGUACUUCUUAUCUCUCAAACAAUCGACAGAAUCCAGAAAACUGUUGACAAUGCAAACGAAAUCGACCAUGCGUACGAUGACUUUGUCGACCUGAUACAUCAGGAGAUGGAAGACAAGUUGCCUGUUCUCAAGAAGAAUUCUGGACCCGUACCUAAGAAGUCGUUCAAGAAGCCGUACUGGUGUAAUGAACUGCAAAAUCAGUGGGAUAUGACGUCACGGUGUGAACGGGAGUGGCUACGUAGUAAAGCCGGUGUGUGUGUGAAGGCGAGAUUGAAGCAGAAAUACUGUGAUGAAAGACGAAAGUUUGACCGAUUGAACCGAAAAUUAAAACAGCAACACCAAAAGCAAAAACAGUUCAACCUCCUGGAUAAACUGAAUCAAGCCGAUGCUGACUUCUGGAAAAUAAUCGGCAAUCUUGGAAUCGCAAAUGAGAGAAAACAGAAACUUCCUAUGGAGGUGAAACUGGAAGACGGUACUGUCGUGAGUGACGUGCAUUCUGUGCUGAGCAAUGGGGAAAGUGACUUAUAGAGGCUGUAUUCCGGAGCAGACGGCGACGACUACGACAACCGUUAUCUAGGUGAGGUGAAGCGUGAGGUUGAACUAUUAACUAACGGUAAUGCUGCGCGGCACGAGGAGAGCGCUCUCAACGCACCGAUCUCACGUAAAGAAGUGCGCAGAGCUGUGCACCGGGCGAAGAACGGUAAGGCAGAGGGUAUAGACAAUAUCAAAGCUGCAGUUCUUAAAAACGACGCCUGUAUCGAGAUAUUGUAUAACCUAUUCACCAAAUGUUUUGAUAGUGGCAUCACUCCAAGUGCAUGGAAACAGUCGAUCAUUAACCCUUUAGUGAAAAGUGACACCGAUGUGCGUUCACCUCGAACCUAUAGAGGGAUCUCCCUAAUAUCUGUACCCUGCAAGAUCUAUUGUGAUGUCCUCAAUCAUCGUGUCUCAUCUUGGCUGGACUCUAGUAACAUCUUGUCAGAUUCUCAAAACGGAUUUCGCAAACACCGAAGCUGCUUUGAUCACAUAUACAGUUUGUACACACUGCUGAAGACUAGGCUGGAUUGUAAGCAAUCAACUUAUACUUGUUUUAUCGACCUUAGAAAGGCUUUCGAUAAUGUAGACUGGAACUGCUUAUGGUUGAAGCUGCUACGUGCAGGGAUCAACGGGAAGAUGUUCUCUACCAUACAGUCUCUCUACCAUAAAACCUCUAGUGCAGUACGUGUCAAUAACCUUAUGACGUCAUUCUUUCAAGUGUCAACGGGGGUGAGGCAAGGCUGCACCCUGUCCCCCACUCUGUUCUCCCUCUACAUCAAUGACCUGGCGGAGGAGAUUACCAACCUCAAUGACGGUGUAUCUGUAGACGAACUCUGUGUCUCCAUAUUACUAUAUGCAGACGAUAUAGUUCUAUUAGCCCCAAGUGAAGACAAACUACAGCGAAUGUUGGACGUGGUGACACGGUGGUGUUCUAGAUGGCGUCUGAGUAUUAACACGGAUAAGGCAAAGGUUGUGCACUUCAGACGGUUUAACAUUGAUAGAUCUAAUUAUCAGUUUCGAUGCUGCAACACGGCCUUAUCAUACAGUGAUUGUUGCAAGUACUUAGGACUGUGGUUUGAGGAACACCUUGAUAAAAAGUUCACAGUAAAGGAGAUCGCAAAAAGUGCGAGCCGUGCUCUGUCUCUACUCAUCACUAAAUAUAGACAAUGUGGUGAUAUGGCAUAUGAUGUGUUCACAAAACUCUAUGAAUCAACAGUGCAGCCUAUCUUACUCUACUGUGCAUCUAUUUGGGGACUAUAUGGACAGCGUGAAAUACGUAACAUACAAAACAGAGCUGGUCGUUUCUUCCUGGGUGUACCUCGUAAUACGUCUAACUGUGCUGUUCAGGGUGAACUUGGUUGGAGGACUUGUCUCACUAAACAGCGGAUAGAGAGUUUCCGUUGUUUUGUCAAAUUGUAUCAUAUGUCAGAGGACAGACUUACGAAUAAGGUAUUUAGGUGAUCCAUGAAUCGAAAAGGUUCUUUUGCUUUUAACCCUGUUAAAUUGGGUAGACAGUUGCUGUUGUAUGAUACUUUGUUAUCGCCGACUUCUGGUAUCAAUUCCAAAAUAUCAGUCAUUAAACAACGUUUGUGUAGAUUAGAUGAGGAAAAGGGGUUUUCAGAGCUUUGGGACGACAAAGGCAAGGUUAACGGCAAUAAGUUACGCACAUACAGGUUGUUUAUAAACGAUUGUAGACCAGAACUGUAUGUAAGAUAUAUUAUGUCUAGACAUAGGAGAAGUAAUCUAAGUAAAUUACGCUGUGGUAUCUUACCUCUUAAUAUUGAAAAUGGACGUUAUAGCAAGCCCCCCACACCCAUAAAUCAAAGAUUAUGCCCCUUUUGUGACUCUGUAGAGUCUGAAGCCCAUUUUCUUUUAAAUUGUGCUUUUUACCAUGAUCUUAAAAGUAACUUUAUAGACGAAUUUAGUUUUAGCCCAGAUGAUAGUGACCAUCUGAAAUUUAUUAUGAUAAUGAAGACUACUGCAAUCAAGGUUCUUAAACUUU